AUGUUCAUACUCACGACCAUCUCGGACCUGGUGCAGAUCUCGCCAGAGGACUUCUCGAAGCUCAGCGCAGUCGCUAUCGAGGACAACAUCAACGAGAAAUACGCCAACAAGAUGAUAGAUGCGGAUGGCAGGCUAACCGAGGCCCAGGUCAUUCAGAAUGUCGGCCUUUGCAUCGCCUUCUACGACCUGCUGGAGUCCUCGGACGGGCUGAUCGGCCAUGGAACAGGCCUGGUCAACGUCAACGGUGAGGCGCAGAUGCAGACAGAGACUUUGUUAUAUCAAUUGAAGGAUCAUAUGCUGAUUGAUAUUGGAGUUGAGUUCUUCAACGACAUCAUCGUCCCUCCAGACCUGCUGCUGGACGGUGCUAGAUUGUAUGUCUUCCUACAGUUGUUAUAUGAUUGUCCACUGCUAAUAAUAGUCGACAGUGACAUGAAAGACCAGGUCUGGAUAUGGGACAACGGCGAGGGAGGCAUCUUCUACUUCGACGUUGGCGAGACUGUCCGCUUCCGGGUCGAACAAGAGGAAUGGCACGACCAGGUCCCCAGCGGCCCCGAUCUGCAGGACGGGCUCGCAACGCCGGACCGAAAGCCCCCCUACUCGAUCAUCGUAUGUCAACCUUCUACACCGUAUACUUAUAUUUACGUCUACAGUAAAUACUAA